AUGGCUGUCGCUUGCUCGUGGUGCAAAGAAUCCUAUCAUUUGAAGCACUGCUUUAAUCGCGAAAAACUCGAAGAAAGGUGUCAUCGUGGACAACUUCGAGAAUUAGUGGUGCCACCGAAUUGGAUUCUUCGUCUUCCUAACCGCCAUCCGAAGCAAAGCACAAGCAGCAACUACCGUCAAAUCGGCAGACCCACACGCCAAUUUAUUGUAAAGCCAAAUGAUUGGUCAGGAGGUCCGUCACAACCACUAAUCGUCUUCGUUAAUCCAAAGUCAGGUGGCAAUAAGGGCUCAAAAGCGCUGCACACAUUGUGCUGGCUGCUCAAUCCUCGACAAGUCUUUGAUAUAACAAGCCUUAAAGGGCCGAAAUAUGGGAGGCUGAAUUUGGCUGCCUAUCCUACCAAUGGGAUGCAUGCCCCUAUCGCAGCCGGCAAUGAAUACUUUCUCGUAGGGCUUGUUGAGUAG